GACUAUUCUAGUCGCUACUUUGGUUUUGACGAAGUCAGUUGUGAAAAUCAUCCACGAUCCAAGAUGAAUCACCAGUAUAAAUACAUUGUCACGGUUUUAGUGGUAUUUUGUGAGUUUGCAGUUGGUCAAAACAAUGGUCAAAAUGCGGCCCAAAAGUACUGUUUCAAAUUUGAAAUCACACAACCAACGUUUGGAACCAAUUUUCGUGGAUGUAAUAACCCAAAAUACGACAAUUUUAUCGUCAAGGAUUUCAAUCAAAAUUUCAAACCAUUUCGAACGAUGAACAAGCAGUAUCUCUCGAACAGCCACGUAAAUUCGUGUGCUGCACUUAAUCAAAACUUUACAUUCGAUCAAUUCACAUACAUCGAGGCUAGCAUUUUCCUUAAGUCGCUUAGAACUGAAUCCAUCGAAAUUGUCGUAGAGGACAUUGAAAAAAAAAUCAACUAUCCAUUGAACUAUCACGGCAAUUUUGGGUGGGACAUUUUCAAUGGAAGAAUUCAGAAGAAUAUUACAAAUGCUCAGAUCAAAAUUAUGGCGAAUAACAUAACUCCCGAAAGUGGCCUGGCCAUUGAAUAUUUCUACGUUUUAAAUAAGGCAAAUAAAGCACCGGAGUGUCAAAAUAUCCACCCGGCUUUGUCUAAUUUGUGGUGGAUUAUUAUCUGUGUUAUGUUGGGAAUUUUACUGCUGGUCAUUCUUGCAAUUGGCAUCUACUGCAUAGUCAACAAACGCAGGAGCAUUUCAAAUAGCUCGACAGACAAGUGAGCACUACGUUUCUGCCAACUGAAAAUUGAAAUAUUUACAAAUUGAAAUGUACGAUACUGCUUUAUCGAAGAAAAAAUGUAGAUAAAUUAAAAGACCAUAUCCAA